AUGGAUGAGGAAAACAUGACGAAAAGCGAAGAGCAACCUCUGAGUUUGCAAAAAGCCUUACAGCAGUGCGAGUUGGUCCAAAACAUGAUAGAUUUGAGCAUCUCCAACCUGGAAGGGCUUAGGACCAAAUGUGCUACCUCCAACGACCUCACACAGAAAGAAAUCCGGACCCUGGAGAGCAAGCUGGUCAAGUACUUCAGCCGGCAGCUGUCCUGCAAGAAGAAGGUCGCCCUGCAGGAGCGCAACGCCGAGCUGGACGGCUUCCCCCAGCUGCGACACUGGUUCCGCAUCGUGGACGUGCGCAAGGAGGUCCUGGAGGAGAUCUCUCCCGGCCAGCUGAGCCUGGAGGACCUGCUGGAAAUGACAGAUGAGCAGGUGUGUGAGACCGUGGAGAAAUACGGAGUCAACCGCGAGGAGUGCGCCCGCCUCAAUGCCUCGCUCUCCUGCCUCCGCCAUGUGCACCUGUCAGGAGGCAACCUUUCCAAACAAGACUGGACCAUCCAGUGGCCCACCACGGAGACAGGGAAGGAAAACAAUCCUGUGUGUACUCCAGAGCCCACUCCGUGGAUUCGCACCCAUCUUUCCCAGAGCCCCAGGGUCCCAUCCAAGUGCGUCCAGCACUACUGUCACACCAGCCCCACACCUGGGGCCCCCGUCUACACCCAUGUGGACAGGCUCACUGUGGAUGCCUACCCAGGCCUCUGCCCGCCACCGCCAUUGGAGUCAGGCCACCGUUCCCUACCACCAUCACCACGACAGCGGCACACAGUCCGUACUCCACCUCGCACCCCCAAUAUCGUCACCACCGUGACCCCACCUGGCACGCCACCCAUGAGGCGGAAGAACAAGCUGAAGCCACCAGGAACACCGCCACCCUCCUCCCGGAAGCUGAUCCACUUGAUCCCAGGGUUCACGGCCCUGCACCGGAGCAAAUCCCACGAGUUCCAGCUGGGUAACCGCGUGGAUGAGGCCCACACACCCAGAGCCAAGAAGAAGAGCAAACCUUUGAACCUGAAGAUCCACAGCAGCGUGGGCAGCUGCGAGAACAUCCCCUCCCAGCAGCGCUCCCCGCUCCUGUCCGAGCGCUCGCUGCGCUCCUUCUUCGUGGGACAUGCGCCGUUCCUGCCCUCCACCCCUCCCGUCCAUACCGAGGCCAACUUCUCCGCAAACACGCUGUCCGUGCCACGCUGGUCCCCACAGAUCCCUCGCCGAGACCUUGGCAACUCCAUCAAGCACAGGUUCUCCACCAAGUACUGGAUGUCUCAGACAUGCACAGUCUGUGGCAAAGGGAUGCUUUUUGGCCUCAAGUGUAAAAACUGCAAGUUAAAGUGCCACAAUAAAUGCACCAAAGAAGCCCCUCCCUGUCACCUCCUGAUCAUUCACCGAGGGGAUCCAGCAAGGUUAGUCCGAACAGAGUCAGUCCCAUGUGACAUCAACAACCCUCUGAGGAAGCCACCCCGGUAUUCAGACCUGCACAUCAGCCAGACGCUCCCCAAAACCAACAAAAUCAACAAGGACCACAUCCCUGUCCCCUACCAGCCGGAUUCCAGCAGCAACCCCUCUUCCACGACGUCCUCCACGCCCUCCUCGCCGGCACCUCCCCUCCCUCCCAGUGCCACGCCGCCUUCUCCCCUGCACCCCUCCCCACAGUGCACGAGGCAGCAGAAGAACUUCAACCUGCCAGCAUCCCACUACUACAAAUUCAAGCAGCAGUUCAUCUUCCCAGAUGUGGUGCCAGUGCCAGAGACGCCAACCCGGGCACCCCAGGUCAUCCUGCAUCCGGUGACCUCCAAUCCAAUCUUGGAAGGAAAUCCAUUACUUCAAAUUGAAGUGGAGCCAACUUCAGAGAAUGAAGAGGGCCAUGACGAAGCCGAGGAGUCAGAGGAUGACUUCGAGGAGAUGAACCUGUCUCUCCUCUCCGCCCGGAGCUUCCCGCGCAAGGCCAGCCAGACCAGCAUAUUCCUACAGGAGUGGGACAUUCCCUUUGAGCAGCUGGAGAUCGGCGAGCUCAUCGGAAAAGGCCGCUUCGGGCAGGUGUACCACGGCCGUUGGCAUGGCGAGGUGGCCAUUCGGCUGAUCGACAUAGAGAGGGACAACGAAGACCAGCUCAAGGCCUUCAAACGGGAGGUGAUGGCCUACAGGCAGACACGGCACGAGAACGUAGUGUUGUUCAUGGGCGCCUGCAUGAGCCCGCCACACCUGGCAAUCAUCACCAGCCUCUGUAAGGGAAGGACACUCUAUUCCGUGGUGAGGGAUGCCAAGAUCGUCUUGGAUGUCAACAAAACCAGACAAAUUGCCCAAGAAAUUGUGAAGGGUAUGGGCUAUCUUCACGCCAAGGGAAUCCUUCACAAGGACCUCAAAUCAAAGAAUGUCUUCUAUGACAAUGGCAAAGUUGUCAUCACUGACUUUGGGCUCUUCAGCAUUUCCGGGGUGCUGCAGGCUGGCAGACGGGAGGACAAACUGCGCAUCCAGAAUGGCUGGCUGUGCCACCUGGCACCGGAGAUCAUCCGCCAACUGUCCCCAGACACUGAGGAAGACAAGCUUCCCUUCUCCAAGCACUCAGACGUCUUUGCACUUGGUACAAUCUGGUAUGAGCUCCACGCCAGGGAGUGGCCUUUCAAAACUCAACCAGCAGAGGCAAUAAUCUGGCAAAUGGGUACAGGCAUGAAGCCCAACCUCAGCCAAAUCGGCAUGGGAAAAGAAAUCUCGGACAUCCUUCUCUUCUGCUGGGCCUUUGAACAGGAAGAGAGACCCAGCUUCACCAAGCUCAUGGACAUGCUGGAGAAGCUGCCGAAGCGAAACCGCCGCCUGUCUCACCCCGGGCACUUCUGGAAGUCUGCAGAGUAG